AUGAUCUCGGACUUCUCAGCUCCAACGAUGUCUGGCAUAACCAGAGGACACUCAUGCACACUGUGCCAGCGACGCAAGGUCCGCUGUGAUAAGCAAAAGCCAUGUGGCAACUGCGUGAAAGCAAAGGCCGAAUGCACCGUCAUUCCGCAACGACUUGGCACAAAGAGGAACACCCCGAGACCAGUUAAUGACCUCGCAAAGAGGUUGAAGAAGUAUGAGGAGUUGAUGAGUCGACAUGGCAUUGACUUCAGUUCCAAUCUUGACGAUGCACAUGAUCGCGAUGAUCCCGAGACCUCCAUCGCGGGUAACCCGCCUUCGAUCCAAAGUGCGUCGAGCCGGUUUCCAUCGCGGACGCAUGAUCAAAGGAACUCGAAAUGGUUUGCGUACUAUAACGAGUAUCAAACCACAAAUCAAAUGUUUCAUUCUGGCUCAAAUGAAGAGUCGGAUAGACCAACAGUUCACCGUGCAUUUGACGCCAUGUUUGAUGGGACAAUCGACUUUCCGUUCAUCACAGGGAACUCGCCUACGAGUACAGGGCUCUCACUGCCAUCUUCGAUACAAAGCAUACAAUUGUGGCAGAUAUAUAUCAACAAUAUCAACCCACUAUUGGGAAUCAGCCACAUCCCCACGCUACAAUCCCGAUUUAUCGAAGCUUCGACAGAUCUCUCUCAAGCACCAGAGCCCUUGCGGGCCCUCAUGUUCGGUAUAUAUUUCACAGCCGUCAACUCGAUGACAGAAGACGAAGUUCAAGCCAAAUUUGGUGAGACCAAGUCUGCCUUCAUGGCCAUGACACGAGAAGGUACCGAGCGUGCUCUUCUCAGCGCUAGUUUCAUGAAAUCCAACGACAUUAUGGUACUUCAGGCCUAUGUUUUAUAUCUGAUCGGGUUGAGGCUAUACGUGGACCCCCGGUCACAGUUUUGCUACAUUGGAAUUGCAGUUCGCAUAGCCACCCGGCUGGGAUUGCAUCGGGAUGGAGCCCAGUUUGGAAUAUCCCCAUUUGAGACCGAGCAACGCAGACGACUUUGGUGGCAAAUCGUCGUCCUUGACAAACGAAUCGCUGAUAUCACUGGGUCACCGACCAGUGCGCUUACUUCGAUGGGCACGGAUUGUAGGUUUCCACUAAAUGUGAACGAUAUAGACCUCCAUCCGGAUGCAAAGGAGCCCCCUUCGCUUUCAACCGCAGUGACCGAAUCAACUUUCCCCCUUACUCGAAUUGAAAUAAUGAUUGCAUCGGCCCCUGAUGGGAUCCGACCUGAUCCAAAAGUGCCGAGGAGUUUCCAAGCCCACGAUGGGUCUUCUGCUCUACUAAGCAAAAGGCCGCCCCGAGAACAAACCGACCACCUCGAUCGCUAUUGCGCCUAUAUGGACUCGACCUAUCUCAAAAAAUGUAACCUGAAUAUUCCAAUUCAACUCUUUACAUUCCUGAUGACACGCUUCUCUCUAUACAAACUACGUGUUCUCGACUUCAUAUGCCGCGAUGAUUCUUCCGCCGAUGGCGAUGAUAAGCGACGGGGAACCGCUUUCUCAGCCGCCAUCGAUCUUCUAGAAUCCGACAAUCAAAUCCACCACACCGAAAGUCUCCAUGGCUUUAUCUGGUAUAGCCAGAUGCAAAUGCCGCUACCCGGAUACUUGUUCCUUGCCAAUGAGCUGUGCCACCGCACAACAGGAGACCAUUGCCAGCGUGCAUGGGACGCCAUUCUGCAAAGCCCCUAUCAUCAAGGCCUUAGUCGAAACCUUCGGAGCCCGUUGCAUGUUGGCCUAGGUCAAGCGAUACUGAAAGCCUGGGAUGCUCGUCAAAAUGCAGAGAUGCAGCUAGGUCGCUCAUUACAGCAGCCUGACCUCGUGGCUGCACUUCGCAUAAGCCUAGUGGAUCACUGUUCGGGGCAGGCACCGAAGCAACCCAGCGCCCAGGAUACCGAGGGAAGCAAUCGUCCGUGCAGCCCUGGGCCGUGCCAAAUGAAUGGUACUGCCGAUUUACUGUUCAAUCCUACCUCGACGUAUCAACCUACGGGUCCCAUGCACGAUGUGCUUCCUUCGAUUGAAAUGGAUUACAACGAAAUGGCCUGGACAAACUUGAUGCAAUCCGGUGCAAUAGGUGGUUUUUGGGGCAAUCUUGAGUCUCUCGGGGAGUAA